CCCCAACUUCCUCAACAUGACCGAAUAAGUGAAGCAGCCACUUCUUCUCUGGCCUCAGUCCUUGUGAAGUUUCUCUGCCCUGUUGGCCAUGGGGAAUGGAAAACAUCUGAUGCUCUUUGCAGUGUUGCCACUCCUGGUUAGAGGUCAGAAGCCACAAGUUUAUGCGACACCUGCAUUUAAAAGUUUCUUCAUUGGUGAUUCAGUUUACUUAACAUGUAAUACAACUGAGAACUCAGUGAUAUGGUACAAAAAUGACCAACAAAUUGACCAACUCAAGACUUGGAAUAUUAAAAUUAACUCGGCGGAAUCAGAGCGUUAUUACUGUGAGACCAGCGGGGGAAAGAGUGAUGUUUUUAGCAUCAAUGCCAAAGCAGCACCUGAUCCCCGUCCUAAACUCAGCAUUGAGACAGGCCGUUCUGUCAUGUGGGUCGGAGGUGCAGUUAUCCUGAAGCUUGAACAUGGGGAUCGUCUGCAGGGAUGGAAGUGCUGGGUAUGCAGGGAUGGGAGAAAGCCAAACAUGGUUCAACUGCGUUUAAAAGACACCGAUAACAGUAUCGCCUUUCAAACUGCGGACUUACAUGACUCUGAGACCAUUUACUGGUGUACGGAUGGGAAUCGAAAUCAGCGAAGUAACCAAAUCAUUCUAAGGACCUCAGGUAACUGGAACGUUGAAGAAGAGGGUGGGGUGAGGGUGGGUGUGUUGGUGGGACUGGUACUGGGGCUGGUGGGGCUGGUGUUAGUGCUGGUGGGGGGGCUGUUGAUAAGGCGUAAGAGAACUGCCACAGGGCUCUAUGAGGAAGUGGCGAUGAAAUCACGAAAGCAAGGCGAUGACAAGUAUGAAACUCUGCAGAAGGCAUCUGGGAGGGAGCGAGAAUAUGACACCCUCAAUCCAGGAGCAUCAGGCAGCCAGGCGAAAAGCGGUGAAUAUGAAGCACUGAAGAAAGAGGGAAUGAAGGAGGGGGUGUACCACACUCUAGGGGUGGAAGGUGCAGCAGGAGGAGAGGGGGGAUAUGAAGCGCUGAAGAAAGAGGGAAUGAAGGAGGGGGAAUACCACACUCUAGGGGUGGCAGGUGCAGCAGGAGGAGAGGGGGGAUAUGAAGCACUGAAGAAAGAGGGAAUGAAGGAGGGGGAAUACCACACUCUAGGGGUGGCAGGUGCAGCAGGAGGAGAGGGGGGAUAUGAAGCACUGAAGAAAGCGGGAAUGAAGGAGGGGGAAUACCACACUAUAGGGGUGGCAGGUGCAGCAGGAGGAGAGGGGGGAUAUGAAGCACUGAAGAAAGCGGGAAUGAAGGAGGGGAUAUACCACACUUUAAGUGUGGAAGGUGCAGCAGGAGGAGAGGGGGUAAUAGCAGAGUCACAGUAA